GCAACAACUUAUUUUAUAAUUGAAAUAAAAAAAGAAAACCGCCCCGCAACUCUCUCUUAAAUUAUGGAACUACAUUGAUUUUACACAUACCCACUUUCUGCUUGUUGAUAAAACGCAGAGAAAUUGAAAGAAAUUAAGGGUCAAUAUUGGGAUUGGCAGGCGAGAUUGCUUGGCAGGUGAUGGAACAAGAGAUUAACAAUACAAAAGCUGAGAAUCUGGCUGAAGUCUCCAUGAAAUCGCAGUCAAUGGAUAAUAACAAUCGGGAAACUGAGAAUCCUACAGAAGCAUUGUCUAAGUCACUGUCUGAAACCAACAACAAUGAAGAUGGAAAUCAUGCUGAAGCAUCAACUAAAGAUCAAUCAUCCAGAAAAAGAACCCCCAAACCAUUGAGGGCUAAAUCUAUAGCUAUAAAAAAAUCUUCAACUAGCAAUUCUUUGAAGUCCAAGAAAGCUAAAAGCAGUCCAAAAAUUCAAGGAAAAAACAGAAAGAAGAAUCUCUUACAGAGCAACGAAGAAAGUAGAAAAAAUGAGCACCGUGAUGCUACAAACCUAAAUUCAAGUGAAAAGAACGUUUCUGACAAAGAGCACAUUGAGAAGGGCCAAGAGAAUCAAAAGAACCAAGAAAGGUUAUUUGGGUCAAAUAAGGGUCAAAAGAACCGGAAGAGGGAAGAAAAGCUUGGUUGUUCAGAUAAAAGCUCAAGGAGUGAAAAAAACAAAGGGAAACUUGAUGGGAAAGAAAAGAAUGAACAGGAUGAGAAGAAGAAAGAAAAGCUUGGUGGUAUGAUCUUUAUGUGCAGUGCAAAGACAAAGCCAGAUUGCUUCCACUAUCGUGUCAUGGGUGUCACAAUGAAUAAAAAGGAACUCAUAUUGGGUGUGAAACCUGGACUUAAGCUUUUCCUGUAUGAUUUUGAUCUGAAACUUAUGUAUGGUAUCUAUGAAGCAUCCUCUUCUGGUGGAGUAAAAUUGGAGCCCAGGGCAUUUGGUGGUUCCUUUCCAGUUCAGGUGCGUUUUGAUGUUCACAAGGACUGCUAUCCAAUUGAUGAGAGUGUUUUCAAGAAGGCUAUAAAGGACAACUAUAAUGAGAAGAACAAGUUUAAAACAGAACUAACUUUUCAGCAGGUUCGGAAGCUCAGUGCACUAUUCCCACCGGUUAGAGCGCCUGUCCACUCUCCACUAACUGUAACUGUUCAGGAUAGAGAACUUUAUGCGGGAGCAAGAGAGUUGCGGAUCCAUUCAGAUAGGGAAGCAUUUGCUAGAGCCAAUUAUGAUGCUAGAAGUUAUCCUGUGCUCUCUGAUGUGAGGGAUCGACGGGUUGAGUACAGGGAGGUGGGCUCUACACAUAGAGAUGAGAUUCCACGUGAUUUAUUUAUGAGUGAAAAGGAUUAUCGAACUUAUGGCCUUUCAGGAGAGAGAAGAACUUAUGGCCUUUCAGGAGAGGGAAUAAACUUGGCUCCCUCUCUUCAUAUGUCGUCUACUCUAGGCCCAUACUCGAGAGACCAGGAAAGAGAGCACCUUCUUAGACAGCCUUACCCUAUAUACAGAGACAUGGUACCUUUGCAGAGAGAAGCUGUUGUGGCCGAUCCUUUCUACUUGAAUCAGGCAUACAAUCCUGGUGGUAUACGUGAAUUGCUGCCAGCUGCUACUUCGAUAACCACAACUGCAUCUGGUUCUUCUCUCCCUGCUUUGGACCCAUAUACAAGGGAUCCAUAUUAUACUUACCAUUAUGGUGCUUCAUCUGCAGAUGCAUAUCUGCCACCUCCAAGGAGGGAUAAAGUUUCUUCAGGUUCCUAUUAUGCUGAUGGUCCUAGAGAGACUUGCCUAUUUGAGGCUGAUCACUUGCGUAGGAGGGCAACUGAUCAAGUGGAUAGAUUAUACUCAACAAAUGCUGCUGAUGCCUCAUCAAAUUAUAACCAGGUACUCCAGUACCACGGAGCCAAGCCUGAAACCGCACCUCCAUCAGUUUCAUCUCGAUACUCCUUUGCUGGUCCAUCCAUUUCUUAUCGCUGACUGUGCAGAUCCCUGCACCGCCAAGGGGAGAUGAAGUUUCUUCAGGUUUCCUGUAUGUUGAUUCUGACCUGCCUCGUUGAGGCUGAUUCCUUGCAUAUGAGAGAAAUUCAUCAAGUUGAUAAAUUAUGCUCAACGUAAACUGUUGAUGCAUUGUAAGAUUAUAACCUGGCACUCUAGUACCAUGGAGCCAAGCCCUAAACUGCACCUCCAUCAAUUUCAUUUCGGUACUCCUUUGCUGACCCAUCUGUCUCCUAUUGCUAACGUAACGCGCAGAUCUUAUGCUUGCUGCAUGAUUCUGUUUUUUUUUUUUUCGAGUACGUUAAUUAGAUUAUAUUGCUUUUAAGACUGUUACAAGUUUAUGCACGUAACAGGCUCAGCAUUUCUGCUCCGGUGUCCUUGUUGACACUGGAAAUUAAAAUUCCCGUUUCUUGA